UCUUUUUGUGCGGUCUCGUUUCGCAUCAAUUUAUUUUAAUUCUCAGUAAGCUUUUUAGAUAUAAGCCAUGUCGUUAUUUUACACAAAUCGAGAAGUUCGAAUCAUAAAAGAAAUUUCUGACGAGGCCGUCAAAGAACAGGAGCAGAUGUAUUCGUGCGAAAUGUGCACGGACGAAUACGACAGUGAAACCGAGUUGCAUGUUCAUAGGAAAGCCAAACAUCGCGAGGAAGUGGCCAAAAUACUAUUAGAGAAUACAAGCUGCAAGAUAUGCGUCACCAAACACAAAGACAUGGAGGAACUAUUAAAACACACUAAAUCUGUUCAUCUUUUGAGCUCGGAAGAUGCUGAGCAUGUUCACCGUGAAAUCUUCAUUUGCGAUGACUGCAACCUAAUGUACUUCAACAAAAAGAUGCUCGAGAUCCAUAUAAUGUACAUACAUGACCCCAGAAAGAGGUCCAAACGUGUCGGAAUAUGCCCCAAGUGCAACAAAAAAAUCCAACUCAAUAACGUCUGGUUUCAUUUCCAACGUCACUUGAUUCAAAGUGUCGUUUGCUGUCAAAUAUGUUUGAGAAAAUGCAUAAACCAAGCCGAUUUACAGAAUCAUCUCAAAACGCAUCUGAAUUACUACCAUUGUACGAUGUGCGGUUACGAAAGUAAACUUAAAGACAAUUUUACUGCACAUAUGCAAGCUCAUAACAGCAAUUUGCACGAAAGCGGCAAUAUUGCGAUAGACGCAGACAUGUUGUUGAGAUGUUUCGUACCUAAGCAGAAUGCAAAAAAGAGCACUUCGAUAGGAAGUAGAGGUCUAUGUUUGUAUGAAUUGUUUGUGUGCAUAUUAUGCAGAGGGCUGGUAACGGAAGAGGAAAAAGCGGCACACAUAGCCAAGUAUCAUUUGGUGGAUAUAGUGAGUACUAAGAAACAAUACACAUGUACGUGCGGUGAACAGUUUUUCAACAAUGUGCUGUUGAAACAUCAUGUGUUCAAAUUGAAGGGAGAACAUAAAGCAUGUAACUCAUAGUAUAGUUCUUAGGUUUACCCACCAUUCAAGAAAUAUGAUUAUUAUAAUCAAAAUAAUAGGAAAUUAUAUCAAUGUAAGUGUGUAUUUUUUUAGGAAGUGUGAGUUAUGAAUUCCCUCUUUUCUGCACUUGUAGCGUAAUGUACUAUUUUCUCAUUGGUACAUGUUUUUUAUAAUUAAGUUAUUAACAUCUAGAGGAAUGAGUUAGGAAAGAGUUGUAACUCCAUACAUCAGUAAAUGCAAGUUAUUUGUAGUGACAUCUAGCGUCAUCCACGCGUCAAGUAGUGAAAAUUAAUCAGUACUGCUACUUGUCAAUAGG